CCCGGAAAGCUUCCCUCUGAUCGCAGGCUGGGGAAGGAGCCAGCGUUAGCUACCUCAGCCUCUCCAGAGACAGCGCGCCUUGACACUCCCUCCCAAGGGAUUCCAGCCAGCUCCACCAGCUCACAUGACUCCGUCCCGGUCACUUCCUCGUCCCCGCAGACGGGCUCACUGAGCAUUUGACUCGGAUAGCCCAGAGGGCUGCCCGACCUUCUAGAGGGAUUACAACGGGACAGCAGCCCAUCGAAUGAACCCCGGGAGCGCACGCUGAGGGCUCGGCGGGACCCACACCGAAGGCUCUUUCUUUCCCAGCGUCGGGUUCACUCUAGAGGUGCUUAGUCGGCCUCGGCGCGCCUGAAGGACCUCGUCCUCACGAGACGCGCGGGCCAGGGAGAAGCCGAGCACACAGCCGCCAACCCCGCGGACACGUGGGAGAGCAACAGAGGAGGGGGCUCGUCGCCGCGCGGGCCUCGGCGGAAGGGCAGGGUUCUCGUCAGACCCGGAGCAGGCAGCGCUCAGGUCGCCUCGCUUCCCGGCACGCCCCGCGCGCGCGGGGGCCUGGGCCGCUUCGCCGCCGCCGCCGCCGCCGCCUCUGUCGCCGGGGGUGGGUGAGAGGAGGGGCCGAGGAGGACCCAGUGGAGGCUGUGUCCGUCGCGGCGCUCGUACCUGAGGGGGCUUCCUUUCUCCGUCACACCUUGACUCCCGCGGUGUCGAGGGGGCAGUCCCCGGGGACAGCUCGGCUCGCUGCGGACAUGCCUCUCUUUGCCACCAAUCCCUUCGACCAGGAUGUUGAGAAAGCAACUAGUGAGAUGAAUACUGCUGAGGACUGGGGCCUCAUCUUGGAUAUUUGUGAUAAGGUUGGCCAAUCUCGUACUGGACCUAAAGACUGUCUUCGUUCUAUUAUGAGAAGAGUGAACCAUAAAGACCCCCACGUCGCUAUGCAAGCUUUAACUCUUCUAGGAGCAUGUGUAUCAAACUGUGGCAAAAUUUUUCACUUAGAAGUAUGUUCAAGAGAUUUUGCUAGUGAAGUAAGCAACGUAUUAAAUAAGGGUCACCCUAAAGUAUGUGAAAAAUUAAAGGCUCUUAUGGUUGAAUGGACGGAUGAAUUUAAGAAUGAUCCGCAGCUUAGUCUGAUAUCGGCAAUGAUUAAGAACCUUAAGGAACAAGGUGUUACAUUCCCAGCUAUUGGCUCUCAGGCUGCAGAACAAGCGAAAGCAAGUCCAGCUCUGGUAGCCAAAGACCCAGGCACUGUGGCUAACAAAAAGGAAGAAGAAGAUUUAGCAAAAGCUAUUGAGUUGUCUCUCAAGGAGCAAAGACAGCAGUCAACCACCCUUUCUACUUUGUAUCCAAGCACAUCUAAUCUCCUUACUAACCACCAACAUGAAGGCAGAAAAGUUCGUGCUAUAUAUGACUUUGAAGCGGCUGAGGAUAAUGAACUUACUUUCAAAGCUGGAGAAGUUAUUACAGUUCUUGACGACAGUGAUCCUAACUGGUGGAAAGGUGAAGCCCAUCAAGGCAUAGGUCUUUUUCCUUCUAAUUUUGUGACUGCAGACCUCACUGCUGAACCAGAGAUGAUUAAAACAGAGAAAAAAACAGUACAAUUCAGUGAUGAUGUUCAGAUAGAAACGAUAGAGCCAGAACCAGAACCAGCCUUCAUUGAUGAGGAUAAAAUGGACCAGUUGUUACAGAUGUUGCAAAGUACAGAUCCCAGUGAUAAUCAGCCAGACUUACCAGAGCUGCUUCAUCUGGAAGCAAUGUGUCACCAGAUGGGACCUCUCAUUGAUGAAAAGCUGGAAGAUAUUGAUAGGAAGCAUUCAGAACUCUCAGAACUAAAUGUGAAAGUGAUGGAAGCUCUUUCAUUGUAUACGAAGUUAAUGAAUGAAGAUCCAAUGUAUUCUAUGUAUGCAAAAUUACAGAAUCAGCAGUAUUAUAUGCAGUCAUCUGGUGUUUCUGGUUCCCAGGUAUAUCCAGGACCUGCUCAAAGUGGUACCUACCUGGUUACAGGGAGUGCACAGAUGAGCCAUCUCCAGAGCUACAGUCUGCCCCCAGAGCAGCUGUCUUCCAUCAGCCAAGGAGCAGUUCCACCCUCGGCAAACUCCGCUCUCCCUAGUCAGCAGACCCAGGCUUCUUACCCAAAUGCAAUGGUUAGUUCUGUUCAAGGAAACUCCUAUCCCAGUCAGGCUUCAAUAUAUAGUCCUGCUGCUGCUGCUGCUGCUGUACCUGUACCUAUACCUGCUGCUGUACCUGUGCCUGCUGAUGUCACCAUAUACCAGAACGCAGGACCUAAUAUGCCCCAGGUGCCAAACUAUACUUUAACAUCAACCCUGCCUCAAGCAGGAGGCAGCCAACAGCCACCUCAGCCACAGCAAGCAUAUUCUCAGAAGGCUCUGCUAUAGGACCCGAUGUUCCUUUUGGUGGCAUGUUUCUGCUAAAUGCCAUUGACAAUGUUAGGAGAUUCGUUAACACCCUAAGAUUUGUUUUCCUCAGCUUAUAGGAAUCUGUCUUGGUCAACAAGUUCAAAUACUCAAGAGGGUAGAACUGUGUUCGAUUUGCACUGACUUUUUAGAGGUCUGCCCGUCCCCCAGAGGAAUGAAACUACUUACAACAUUUAUUUCCUUUCAUAAUAUGAAGAAUUGUUACAAGAUGAUUGUCUUGUAAAAUUACCUGGUCUGCAACACUCAAAAGUUCAAAAACUGCUGUGGCAAAUGUCAUGUACAUAUAUUGACAUGUAACUUCAUUAGUGACCAUUUGAAUUACAAUGGUGAUCAUGUGAAUAUAUUUAACACUGUGUUAAAUUAAUUUACAUUGCUGUAUUAUUUUAAUCAUGAACAACUACCAUGUUUGCUAAUGUUUUGUGUAAAUUUAAGAUAAGUACACUAUCUUUUUGAGCUGCGAGAAAACCAAGUUGUAGCACAUUGACCCGAAGGCAUUGUUGUCCUGUUGUAGUGUUACAUUAAAUUGAACCUUUCUUUUACUAAUUAGGAGCAAAAUCUACGUAUGUUAUGUCUUUUGUAGUUCCUACCCACUACUGGCUGUCAUCGAACCGGCAGACAGUAGCCACAUUUUUUUGGUACAGUUAGAAGAGAUUAAUGUUCCCUUUAAACUUUUAUAUUUUGGCAUGAUGUUCCAGGUAUUGUGGACCAUGAGAUAAAAAUUAGUCUUUAUAUCUUAUUUUUAAAGAAGUAAUGUUGAUUUACUUUUCUCUAGUUGAAGGUGGUAAUUAGGUUUUAAAGCUGUAUACUGUGUUUAUUGGUAGCAGUGACACCAAAGAUAGAGGCAAUGCCUAGAAACUUUUCAACUGGAACUAACACUACAUUUUCAGAAUCUCUUGUAAUUUUAAAAAUAUAAACAAAAUUUGAUUCACUUGUCUUACCCCCUUUUUAACCAUGUCUUUGACACAUUGUAUCUUUCAAUUCUCAUUAAAAUGGCUAUAAGUAGGUGUUUGAAAGUAAUUUAUAUUCCUAAUUUUGUUUAAUAGUUUAUAUAUUUAUUGUUAAGUUUCAAACUGGAGUUUUUUUUUCUUCUGUCUCAUUUGUAGUUCUGUUGGAAUUAUUUUUGCUUCUUAUUUAGGAGUGUUUUAAUGAAUUAUUUUAAUCCAUACAAAAAGGUUUUCCACUGACAUUUUAGUCACACAUAUUUAUAAUUUCCCUGGUUGUACUAUAACAGUAUUUAAAUAACCUAAAAUUUGGGUACCAUGUUUAACUGAUAGACCUGAAUUUUCCUCCUAUGAAUGCAAAUUAUAUUUGCAUUUCCAAGACUUGUCUGUUUCCUUUUUAAAAGUGACUUCAGCUUUGGCAGAUAAUCUUUUUGGGGGGGGGCGGUUAUGAGACAGGGUUUCUCUGUAUUGUUUUGGAGGCUGUCGGUCCAGCCCAGCCUCGGACUCACAGAGAUCCGCCUGCCUCUGCCUCCGGAGUGCUGGGAUUAAAGGUGUGCGCCGCCACCACCUGGCUCAGUUUUGGCAGAUAAUCUUAAGGGUGAUUAAUUCUCAGAUUUAUAUUUAAAGCCCUUUUCACCCUUUAGUUUACGUGAAUUUAAAGUAUGUCUCCAUCAAGUAGUAAAGUUAAAUUUUUAAUUUACAUGUCACAGUUUAAAUAUUUUUUAAUAAAACCUUGCUAGCAGUUAGAUUGUAAUCUUUUAUUCCAAGUUAAGUAUGGUUUCAGUGGUAUACUUUCCUCUGAGUUAUAUUGUAUUUUCAUUUUAAUAAGUUCCUGUUUGCAAUUAUAUUCCCAUUUUAAUUUUUGAUACCUUCAUGUUAAAAUAUCAACAAAAUAUUUUUAGUACCUUUGUUACCCUGUAAGUUCUUCAGUGGUGAAAUGAACAAAAAGUUACCAAUUUUACAAUGCGUAUGUAUUCUUUAUUAUGUAUUAGAGUGUAUAAAGAGUUAAAUGAGUGAUUGACAUUGAUUCUAAGUGACUAAUUGUUAAGCAUGCAAGUACUUGGUAGAAAAGUCACAGUGAAAAUGAAGCACUGGUCUUUCUUCCUUCAUGUGGCAUGCAUGACAGGGUAGAAGAUGGGGCUAAUUGGAAUCACAAAUAGUUUUGUUUAAAGUCCUACACAAGCUAUACUUAAAGAAAAUCUUUGCUGUGUGUGAUUAAUCUUGGCACUCAUGAGGCAGAGGCAGGUGCAUCUCUGUGAGUUUGAGGACAGCCUGACCUAUACAGUGAGUUCUAGUCCAGCCAGGCUACAUAAUGAGAAAAUGUCUCAAAAACCAAACACCAACAACAACAAAAAGCAAUUUUCAUUGAUAGCUGUCCAUAUUUUUGAUAAAAUAGACUAACUCACAAAUCAAAUUAUGUGUAGAGUAAAUGUCUAUGAAUUUUUGGUUUAUUCCUUUUUUUAAGUUUGAGAAAUGUUUCUAUAAAAAUGACAACUAACCAAGGCAAAAUACAGCUCUUUCUAUCCUGCAGUUCCCAUCAUAAUUGGAUGUGAUAACAUGUCAGUACCCUGAAAUUAACUAGGUGUGACUUAUGCUAUGUGCUAAUAUGAUUUCAUAGACUUCCCUGACCCUUUGAUAGUCUGUCACUGUUACCUGUCACCCCCAACUUGGGGAAGGACAUUUUUCUAAUACAUGCCCAGAAGUGCCCUUUUUACUAACUACUUCUGGAACAUUUUUUUCUUCCUCUUUGCUUUCAAUACGUAAAAGUGCUCAAUAAAUCAGCCAUCAUUCAUUUCUAAUAUAGAGGACUUUCAUGUGUGACAUCUGUCUCAUUGAACUUGAAAAUAUCCUUUGUCCAGUGCUUAAGUUUGUGUUAGAUUAAUGCCCUGCAUAAUAAACUGUGCAACUCCAACAAAUUGUACAACUUAUUUCCUAAUAUGAUGUUUAUUGGUAUAAUUGGUCGUCAUUUUGCCGAAUAAACAUUAAAAUGAUUGUUUUA